AUGGAAAAUUGCUGGUUCGUACUGCGGAACACGCACUAUCCGCCGCCCAUCGGAUUGACCGACGACGUGGCCGGGUGUACCGGACAGCUCAAGGGGCUGUACUGCUGUGGUCACAUCGUACCUGAUCUGUCGCACUUUGACGACGUCAUCAACACUCGGGGCCCAAUGGAGAUCCCGGUGGAUAUGCCCAUCCUUCAUAGGAGGGACGAAAACCCAAUCUACAAGAAAAUGUCGGGACCGUCAAUAAACCACUCCGGUCAGAUCAGUGCACCUAUUAUGGCGGCUGCUGGCAUGACUGCGACUACCAGCGCUGGCAUAGCGUUCCAGAAAACUGUCAUCAACCAUGCCGAAUUCGAGGCUCUCGAUAGCUACAUGAUGCGACCAACACACUCAAGAGGACAGCAUUGCUACUAA